CUUCAAUUGGCAAGAAGAACCUUUCAUCAUUUACUGCCCACUUCGUCCCACCAAUUGUGCCGCCCUAUACUCCUCCACUAUGACUUCCAUUCAAGUCCCCAACCCGGCCUUCUAUAAGUGGCCUGCCAGCGCCACCGGAGAAUACAUCGCUGCUCGUCGCGCCUUGUUGGAGAAAGAAUACGCGCUCCGCAACCAGAUCGAGGAAGUAGCCUCACAGCGCCGAGCCCUUCCUCUUGGGCCCAUUCUCCCAACCUAUACCUUCGAAGAAGGACCCAAAGACCUCGCCGCAUCUUCUCCAAUCACGAAAGUUACUUUGUCCGACGUUGCAAAGCCCGGUAGUCUCAGCCACAAAACCCUCGUCGUGUACCACUUGAUGAUGGGGGAGAACGCGACGAAAGCGUGUCCGGGGUGCAGUAUGUUCGUCGAUGGCUUGAACGGCGUGGCCAAGCAUCUGGCUCAGCGCUUCAACCUGGUCGUUAUCGCUAAGGCACCACUUCCCGUGAUUCGCGAAUAUGCGAUGAAAAGGGGUUGGCACGACCUUCGUUUCUUGUCUUCUUUUGGGAAUUCGUUCAAUAAGGAUAUGGGAGUCGAGGCUCCGGAGUGGAUGGACGAUAUGCCUCAAGGCCCGGGAAUGAGUGUGUUCAAGUAUGAGGAAGAUGAUGGAGAAGGAAAGGUCCGAUUUUUAUAUCAGACUAAUCCGCAUUUCGACAGGGAUGUGAUCCGUGGAAUGGAUCUUUUGACUCCAGUUUGGAAUAUAUUAGAUAUUACCCCAGAAGGACGUGGCGAUUGGGACCCGGGUUUUGAGUAUGUCGAAAAGUGGGAUGGCGUUAAGUUUUGA